AUGUCGAAGCUUAUUGCUUGUGUGAUUGUAUUGCUGCUGCCCAUCGACAAUGCUAUUUGCAAACGAAUGUGGGACUACACUCUAUUGUCUAUGGAAACCACCUCGUCAGAUCCUAGUAAGUUGCGAAUAGAUUCUGCGAUUGAUCGCAUAAAUCGCACUGCAUCCGGCAUUUCCGCAACUAUUCAUUGGAACUAUGAUGUGGAUGAAACUACAUUUGUUCAUCUAAUUGGUCAUCGCAGUAACACAGGCAACGAAGACGAUUAUGUUUUAUUGCCCUGGACUAUACCUAAUCAAACAAUAGCGGAAUUUUCGAACUCUUAUUAUAAACCUAUUAUCCAUAAAAAUAUGGAACACUGCUCAACUUUGCCGGAGAAAGUGUACCCCAUAUCUAAGGGAACUGUCUGGAAAUUUGAGCGCUGUGUCAUUAAGGGAGAGAACCUACCACACUACUUACCCGACGGUAUGUAUAAGGCUUCAUUUUACGGUAUUGGUGAGGUAGAUUUUUCUCUUACAGUUGUUAUAAAAGUAUUUAAAAAAAUUGAUCUCUUUGGCUAA